AUGUUUUUAUCUAUCUGUCACAUUCAUUUAUCUAUCUAUCUAUCUUCUAUCUAUCUAUCUAUCUAUCUCAUCAUAUUCAUUUCUAUCUAUCUAUCUAUCUAUCAUCUAUCUUUUCUUCAUCUAUUCUUUUCAUUAUCUAUCACAUCAUUUUCAUUUCUAUUUCUAUUAUCUAUCUAUCUUUCUAUCUAUCUUUGUUUUUCUUCUAUUAUCUUCUAUCUAUCUUUCUAUUUCUAUCUAUCCAUUUCCAUCUUUCUUUCCUAUCUAUCUAUCUUCUUUCCAUCACAUUUCGAUCAUCCAAACUAUCUAUUAUCUAUCUAUCUCUAUCUCUCUUCAUAUCUAUCUAUCUAUCUAAAAUCUAUACUUUUCCAUCCAUUAUAUAUCCAUCUAUCCAUCGUUCCAUCCAUCUAUCCAUCACAUUUCAUUUCAUCCAUCAAAUCAUGUCCAUUGUCUUCUGUCAAAUGUCCAUCCAUCCAUCCAUCCAUCCAUCCAUCCAUUUCACAUACACCAUCCAUUUAUCUAUCCAUUCUUUCUCCAUCUAUUUCUCCUCCAAAUGAUCUAGAAAUAAAAAUUAUUAUCUGUCAAUCUAUUCUAUCAUCUAUCUAUCUAUCUAUCUAUCUAUCACAUUACUCAUUAUAUUCUUUCUUUUCUAUCUAUCUAUCGCUUAAAUUAUGGCAUUCAUCUGCAGCUUUGUCGCAUCUAUCUAUCUAUCUAUCUUUUUGUUCUAUCUAUCUAUCUAUCUAUACUCUAUCUAUAAUCAUCUAUCUAUCUAUCUCAGUUUGUGUGUGUCAAGAUGAUAUUCGUCAGGUCCUUAUAUCGACAAUUACCGGUCUCUCACUGAAGGAAUCUAUCUAUCUAUCUGUCUAUCUAUCUAUCUAUCUAUCUAUCUAUCUAUCUAUCUAUCUAUCUCAGUUUUUCCUUUCUGUCUCAUUAUUUACCAGUCCCUGUCUCUUCAUAUAUAUCUAUCCAUCUACGUUUUUCUUCUCUUUGUCUGUUUUCCUGCCUAUCAAUCUCAGCCUCUUCAUAUCUAUCUAUCUAUCUAUCUAUCUAUCUAUCUAUCUAUCUAUCUAUCUAUCUAUCUGUCAAGGCAGCGAAAACGUCUUUGAACUCCCCUGCGCGCGCACACACACAUCUAUCUAUCUAUCUAUCUAUCUAUCCAGCGAUUUACUGAGCUUAGCUUAG